AUGGGAUUCGUCCUAGAAAGGGAAGCUAAGUCAAUCCCCUACAUCACCAUCAACAAUUACGACAAAAUGCCAAAUAGUCAUAGUAAUUCGUUCAAUGGGUCUUACCCAGCUAAGAUAGAGGAUCAGACGAGAUUGAAAGAAUUAGAUGACGAGGAUCAACUUCAGGCGAAACAGAAGCAGAAUGGAGUAGAUAAAGAUAAAGAUACACAUAUCUUAAUGGGUAAUACGGAUUUCUCUUUGCCUAAUGCUCACGUUCAAGGUACUGCACCACCCCUCACCGCCAGACCCUAUCAACUCUCCAAAGGUUAUUCACAUCUCGUGGAAUCGCCAGAUAGAUAUAGGGAGGUGAUCAUUGAGAAAUUGGGUAAAUUGCAAACGACAUUAUCUCAACUCGGUUCAGACGAUCUCCGACAAGCUAAAGCUGAUAUAAUCUAUCUCAAGUCUAUCCUUGAUGACGAAGGAGCUGAUAUUGCGCAGAUUAAAGCUGGCGCUAAUUGGGCGAGUAGGGAGUGA